CUGUCUCUGCAUACGAAAAAAUCAUUUCAUACAUAGAAAAAUUUCAACAAGUUUAAAAAUCUUACAUUAAGCCAAGAAAUAACAUGGAUUAUUCCAGGUUUUAUCAUCCGCUGCUCGUCGCCACGAUGCUAGUCUUUGUCCUCGCAAUUUCAAUUGUUGAUGCUCAGGAUUAUCCUCCAAGGUUCUUAGAAGUGGAUCCAAAGGACUCCGAAAUAAUUGAGAAUGGGAAAUUCGCAAUUGAUGCCCACAACGCGAAAGAAAACGAUAACCUAAAAUAUAGGUCAGUUCUUAGGGCCGAAAAACAAACGUGGCAUCAGCUGACAUUUAAUCUACUUAUUAAAACGAGAUAUGGUUUGUAUCAGACCUACGUUUUCACGGGGGUGGGUAAAGACACAAAACAUAAAAAGCUGGGGUCUUUCUGGAAAUUAGGUAGUCCACGUGAGUUUAUUUCAUGGCUUGAUGAAUAAUUACUAGAAAGUCUAUGGGCUUUCCUUAUAUAGAAAAAACAAUGUAGAAAACAAAAAAUAAAUACGAAUAACAAUAAUACUGUAUGUUUG